GGGACCGAUUGAUACAUCGUCGCACCAGGUGUGGAAGUGGGCAUGUGUGUCUGGGCCAAAGUGGAAGGCUUCAGGCCCUGGCCUGGAAAGGUGAUGAAGAAGCGAAAGACGACCCGGUUCAAGCGUGGCGUUCCCGUCAUGUUCUUCGGCGAAGACGACGAGUUCUCGUGGAUCGAGCAGCACCAGAUGCUGCCCAUCCAGCCCAAUACCAUUGCCGAGUUCAUCCGCGACACGGACGACAUGUUCCUUGAAGCCCUCAUCCACGCCUUCACCAAAUGCUUCCGCCCGUGCCCCGUGUGCCGGAAGGUGUUCGCCAAGGACGAUGAUGUGGCCAACCACAUGCAGCGCCACCACCCCGGCACGCGCUUCACCAAGGCCGCCGUCCAGGACGCCAUGUACCACAUGCACACGGAGUUGCGCAUCUACGUCGACCGCGCCUCGUGCAACUUCUACCGCAGCGUGCUCAUCCCCAACACGUCGUUCCCGCCGCUCGACCUCGACACGUCGUGCAAGGUGCGCACGAUGCUGGACGCGGCACCGCGGCUGCCGGGCGACCGCGAGCGGCUCGUGCGGUUGGAGGUGGAGGCGAAGCUUCGCUCGACACCACACGCGAUGGCACGCACGCUUCCGCGACAGGAGACGACGCAGGGCCCGACGCAGGCCACAGCGGAGGGCGCGCGUGUUGUGAACAAGACCAAGUCGCAGUACAUGCAGCGAGCAAAGUCGACCAAGGGCAGCGGGCAGGGCGGCGACGGUGCCGAUGGCGCUGAUGAGGAGUCACCGUUUGCCGGCGCUUGCAUCCGCGUUGGCGACGAGUAUCAGGCGACGCUGCUGCCAGAUGUUGUGCCGGCUGAGGAUUACAGCAACCCGUACCCGCCUGCCAGGAACGUGUGGGACCCCGAGUGCGAUGUCGGCGACAUGCACGCCAUGUCCGUGUUUGCGUCUCGUGCGCGUGCGGGGACGGCUGCUGCUGGCGGCGUUGAGUUUGCGCACCACCUCGCGUACCAGCUGUACUGCCGUGAACGUGGCAUUCCACUCGACACUCAAGACGAUGAUGACAACACAGACGAGCAGCAGCAGCAUGGUGAUGGUGAUGGUGAUGGCGGUGAUGGUGGUGAUGGCACGAAAGGCAGUCGGGGUGGUGGUGCGGCGGCAGUGAAGACGGAGCAGCAGCAGCAGCAGCAAUUUGAGCAGCCGAAGAUACAGGGAACAGCGCAGGGCAGCGUGCAUGGUGAUGGUGCUGGUGAUGGUGUCAUUGAGCAGCCAGCCACGCAGGUGGACACAUCAUCCACUGAUGAGGCCGAGUCAAAGGCUGCUGCUGCGUCAACAGCAUCACCUUCCACAACAACAAGAGCGGCUAUUGUCAGUGAUGAGGACAAGGCAAAGGCCCUUGAAGCAGGUCAAACGCAAGAACGCAUCGCAGGGAACACCAGCCCACCUGAGGCAGCUCCUGCCACUGCUGCAGCUGCAGCUGCAACAACUGCUGUUGAGGUCAAGGAGGAGGCGCCGACACAACCGGGCGGUGACCCGACAGCCAAGACGACCACGGACACACUUUCCACCCAAACCCCAACAGCAGCAGCAACAACAGCAGCAACAGCAACAGCAGCAACAGCAACAGCAACAGCAGCAGUGACAGAGGUGGCAGGGAAGGUUGAUGGGCGGAAGAAGCGGCGAGGAGGAACGCUGCCACGACCGCUGGAGGCCGGCAGCUAUCACGACACUGCCAUCCUCAGACACCUCGUCUCCCUCGACCACGCUCCGCCACCAGCAACGCUCAAAGACUACGUGUACCCUGGCCAGGUCGUGUGGACAAAGGAGGAACGCGAAAAGUUUGCAGAACUGUACGAGGAAUAUGGAAAACAGUUCCAUGUGCUGGCGCUUAUGUUUCAAACAAAGACCCACCGGGACAUGGUUGAGUACUACUACCACCACUUCAAGUACAAGGAUCCACAGUUUUACCGCAUUAGGAAAGCGCUCCGCCAGCGCACGUCAGAGGCAGAAUCCCUCGUCGCACAAGUCGGCGAAGUCUCGGAGUGCGACGUGUGCGCAACAAAGGCAACAGGCCGGUGGCGCGAAGUGACGACGGAGAGCGGCAAGCGCGAGGACUGGUGCGACUUCUGCUACCAAUACCGCAACAAGUAUGGUGUUGCGCCGCAGGGCCGCGCGCUUGAGGAGAGCAGGACACGACUUCUCCCGAGCUGGCUCGUCGGAGCCGUCGCUGGCCCCAAGGACGCCGACCGCAAACCCCCGGUGCCUGCCACAACGCCGCCGCCACCAUCAUCGUCGUCGUCAUCAUCAUCGUCACGGCGAAGUGGCGCGAAGAAGAGGGGCGGGCAGGCGUCAAACGCAGCCAGGAGACGCGCACCAGCAAACACAUCCCGGCGCGGAGGCGGCGGCAGUAACCCAACGAAGAAGCGCAAGGGAGCAUGACCGUGUACUUGGGGGAGGACAGAAGACACGUGUCCAUGCAUGCAUCGGCACGUGGAUGGAUGAACGCAUGUAUUGAGUGUGGCCUGAUAGGGUUGGGUGUGUGGUCUUGGUUGGUGGAUGGAGACGUGUUGGCUGUUGACUACUGCCUUCUCCGACCGAUCUAAGCGCUCUGUGUUGCGAACACGCACACGCGCACGUUCGCAUGCGGGAGAGGGGAGAGAGAGAGGUGAGCGAUUGGGUGAGCGGGUGAGUUAACGAGACAGGUGUUGAGUUUUGCGCUGGCCUUUGGUCUUUUUGCUCUUGCUUUGUGUCUCCUUUGCCUUUCCAAUAAAGUAACAGACUGAG